CUCACGCCGGAAGUGGUUUGCGUUUUCAAGAUGGCGACUCCCUAUGUAACUGACGAGACCGGCGGCAAGUACAUCGCCUCCACUCAGCGACCAGACGGGACCUGGCGAAAGCAGCGGAGGGUGAAAGAAGGCUAUGUGCCCCAGGAGGAGGUCCCAGUGUAUGAGAACAAGUAUGUGAAGUUUUUCAAGAGUAAACCAGAACUGCCCCCCGGGCUGAGCCCCGAGGCCACUGCUCCCGUCACCCCAUCCAGGCCUGAAGGCGGUGAACCAGGCCUCUCCAAGACAGCCAAACGCAACCUGAAGCGGAAGGAGAAGAGGCGGCAGCAGCAGGAGAAGGGGGAGGCGGAGGCCUUGAGCCGGACUCUCGAGAAGGUGUCCCUGGGCGAGAGCGCCCAGGUGCCCAGCGCUCCACAGGCCUCCCGGGCAGCCCCCACCGCCGCCCUGGACCAGCCCGACCCAGCCGCCGCCACCGAGAAGGCCAAGAAGAUAAAGAACCUAAAGAAGAAGCUUCGGCAGGUGGAGGAGCUGCAGCAGCGGAUCCAGGCUGGGGAAAUCAGCCAGCCCAGCAAAGAGCAGCUGGAGAAGCUGGCGAGGAGGAGGGCGCUGGAGGAGGAGCUAGAGGACUUGGAGCUGGGCCUGUGAGGCCCCCCCGGGAACAGGGAACGGACUGCAGAACAAACCGCGGGGCUAUCCGGGGUCCUGGGGAACGUGGGCAGCGGCAGUCAGGAGGGGUGCCCCCUACUGGCUCGCUUUCACCUCUCAUGGCCCAACUCUGUCCUCCAGAGCCUAGCCUCUCCUUCAUUCCUUCCCUUUCCUUACCAACUCCUAUUUUUUUGGACUUUUCUCCCUCCCAUUCCCAGUGUUCAAAAUCUCCGUGACUACCCCAGGAGGUACCUUUGCUGCUGAUUUGGAUGUCUUGUUUAAAAGAAAAUCGGGUGGGUGGGAGUCUCUUGGAGAACUGAGGUCAAGGGUCGGGGGGGAGUACGCCCAAGUCUUGGAGUCUUGGUUCCUGUUCACAGUGUUUAUGGGUUAUUUCCCCCUCCAUCCCUCACCUCUUUUUUUUUUUUUCUUUUUUAAAAAAAAAGAACAGAAUAAACUCAAGUAGACAACA